AGAUGGACAGUAGCGCUGUGGAAUAGUUUUUCCAACACGGAGAGGUCUAUCUGGAGUCAACAAAACGUAUACGACGAACCAUUUUAUUUUAACAUUGCCCCGAAAUUAGAUCAUUGGAAUAACUAUUUAUUUACCAGACUACUACAUUGGAACGAUUUUCCAACACUUUUGCACCAUUCAGAUUAGUUUCUUUCAACCGGAGAGUUUGUUCCAGCGCUGCAUGAUCCCAGCAUGGCGUUGUUCAAUGCCCGCUGACCGGAGGGGAGAGAAUGUAAACUGGACCAUAUGACAUGUAGAUGUGACCCAAUCACACUGCUUACUACAGAGAGAGAGAGACUCCCACUAUUCAUUCCAGAGAGAGAGAGGGCCGCUCCCAAAAGUCUGUGGCCAAUCGCAACGACGAAGGAACACUGUCAUCUAACAACUUCCUGCUUCUUGAACCCUCCACCUUCCUUCAGCAUGUCCAGAGAAAGACAAACAAGUUGUGUUUAAUGAAUUCCACAGUGUCGUGAAGACAAACAGACAGAGCAGCUCUGUGAUUGGGCGGAGUUACACCAUGUGGACGAUAACCGGGCCAAUGGCUGGGCUUUGUCUCCUGGCUGCUGCUCUGCUUUUGGUUGAAUGGGUCGGGGCAGUUACCGCGUCAGAGGAUGAUGUUAUUCCACGCAUCAGCUUUCCAUACAAUGCGUUGGAGAGGCCGGCCAAGAGGUUCUCGGCGGACGGUGUGUCUAACUACACGUCUCUGCUGCUGAGGUUGGAUGACGACACGCUGUACGUGGGGGCCAGAGAGUCCCUGUUCGCCCUGCGCCUCCAGGACAUCAGCUCCACCACCCUCAGUAGGAAUUUGACAUGGGAAACCCCAACCAGGAAGAGAGAGGAGUGCAGUUUCAAAGGGAAAAGCUUCCAGACUGAUUGCGUCAACUACAUCAAGAUCCUCCUGCCCCUGAACAGCACUCAUCUCUAUGUGUGUGGAACGUACGCAUUCAGCCCCAUCUGCGCAUACAUAAACACCUCCACGUUCUCUCUGGAGCGGGAUGAGAGGGGACAGAUCAUUCUGGAGGAUGGGCGAAGUCGCUGCCCUUUCAACCCGGAUUACCAGUCCACUGCCAUCAUAGUGGAUGGUGAGCUUUAUGCUGGCACGGUCAGUAACUUCCAGGGUAAUGAGCCAGUCAUCUACAGAAGUCUGGGUGGAGGCCCCUCCCUAAAGACGGAGAACUCUCUCAACUGGCUCCAAGAUCCUUCCUUCGUUGGCUCCGCCCACCUCCAGGAGAGCCAGCCCCUCGGCAACCCGGUCGGUGAUGAUGACAAAGUCUACUUCUUCUUCAGUGAGACGGGAAAAGAGUUUGACUUCUUUGACAACACCAUAGUGUCCCGCAUCGCCCGUGUCUGUAAGGGCGAUAAGGGCGGAGAACGAGUCCUCCAGAAGAAGUGGACGACCUUCCUGAAGGCACAGCUGCUGUGCUCUCUCCCUGAUGAUGGCUUUCCCUUCAACAUCAUACAGGACAUGUUCGUUCUCACGCCCGAUGGGGAGGCCUGGGAGAAUACGCUCUUCUACGGCGUCUUCACCUCCCAGUGGUAUACCGGAGCGUCCAGCAGCUCUGCGGUGUGUGCCUUCACCAUGGCCCAGGUGGAGCGGGCAUUCAGUGGCCGGUACAGAGAGGUCAACCGGGAGACCCAGCAGUGGUACACCUACAACCACCCUGUCCCAGAACCCCGGCCUGGAGCAUGUGUCACCAACACCGCCAGAGACCAGGGUAUCCAGUCAUCCCUCCACAUGCCCGACAAGGUUCUUAACUUUGUGAAGGACCAUUUCCUAAUGGAUCACGUGAUCCGGAGCUCGCCCCUCCUGCUGAAACGCAGCGUGCGCUACACCCAGAUCGCCGUGCACAAGGUCCAGGGGAUGGAGAGGGCCUAUGACGUGCUCUUCAUUGGGACCGAUGAUGGGAAGCUCCACAAGGCCAUCAACUCCAACGACAAGAUGCACAUCAUUGAGGAGAUGAUCCUGUUCUCAGAGCCUCAGCCUAUACAGCACAUGGAGUUGGAUGCCAGGAGGGGCCUGUUGUUCAUCUCUUCGUACUCUGGGGUGGUGGAGGUUCCGGUAGCUAACUGCUCCAACUACCAGGGCUGUGGGGAGUGUGUCCUCUCCAGGGACCCGUACUGUGCCUGGACCGGCAGGCAGUGUCUGGACGUCAGGCUGGCCCCACCUGACAGCCACUGGCAGCAGGAUGUGGAGGAGGCCGACACCAGUGCAAUCUGUAACAAGACCGUCCCCAUCCCACGCUCUGGAGGGCCUCAACACACACGUGUAUCCCAGUGCCAGAAGAUCACACUGCCAGCCAACUCCUUCCGGGUGCUGCCCUGCCCGUUGCGCUCCAACCUGGCAAAGAGACGCUGGGCCUAUGCCCCCAGCGCCAGCCCUUUCCUCUUACCCACCCCUGAUGGAGGCCUGGUGGUGGUGGCCCAGCCAGACUCCUGCCACACCUACGAGUGCUGGUCACAUGAGGAGGGCUUCACGCAGCUACUGGCCAACUACUGCGUGAGGGCGGAGCCUGGUCCGCCCCAGCUAGAGAGCACCACGCUGAUUGGCCACUCCAGAACACCCCAAGUGAACCAGGACCAGGUAGAGAGCAUCAUCAUCCUGCCUGAAGAGGCUCCCUCCACCCAGCUGAACAGUAAGACCUACUGGGCGGAGCUGGUGGGGGUGUGCGGCCUGCUGGCUGUCUGCCUUCUGCUCUUCUCCCUACUCCUCCUCUACAGGAGCCGGGGCAGCAUGAAGGCCCUGCUGAAGGACCGCGACCAGCGACCCAGCAUGCAACAGAAGAAGGCCCGCUUGGCGGGGGGGAAGCCAGCGGAAAGCCUGCCUCUGAACAGUAACACCAUCCCCGUUUCGACCUCUGAUCACAAGGGCUACCAGACGCUAAACGACAACUACAUCUCCACCACGCCCACGCUCACCACGCCGACCCACGAGUCGUCCCCUGACAACAGCAAGAGCUUCUCCGAGGCAUCCGAGAGACGACCUUUAAAUCUAAGAGAGAGUCACGUCGAGAUCUCGGACACUUGCCCUCGACCCCGAGUCCGACUGGGCUCCGAGAUUAAAGACUCGAUUGUGUGAGGGGAGUUGAUGUGACCUGGACGAAGUGUAAAGCCACCAAGCUGAGGGGGGACGUCUUGCCUCAUAACAACAUGACAGUCGGCAACAGAUGUCCCCCAGCUUGGUGCUUAUAUGUACAUAACCUUUGGGACCUGUCACAGACACACGUCAUCCGCUAUUCACAUCCUUCCCCAGUCAAUGAGUCUAAAGAGAACGGGUCCUUUGAAACUGACCCGGUGAUGGGAGAUUCUGGGGUGAUGAUGUCUUCUCCCUUCAGGCUCAAAAGGGACAAAGGCUGCAUUUGCUGCAUUUUAAUGCCGGUGAAACAGACCGAGUUAAAAGACGUAUUGGAGAGAGACAAGUAAUGAAGGAAGCCCGGCAGAGUCGGACAUAGCCAGGCCGGGGCAUGCCUCACCUGCAUCAGGACCAGCUACACCCUCUGUUCCAUGAACACUACAUCACCUGUCUCCAGCUGUGACCACUACAUCACCGGUCUCCAGCUGUGACCACUACAUCACCGGUCUCCAGCUGUGACCACUACAUCACCGGUCUCCGACUGUGACCACUACAUCACCGGUCUCCAGCUGUGACCACUACAUCACCGGUCUCCGACUGUGACCACUACAUCACCGGUCUCCGACUGUGACCACUACAUCACCGGUCUCCGACUGUGACCACUACAUCACCUGUCUCCAGCUGUGACCACUACAUCACCUGUCUCCAGCUGUGACCACUACAUCACCUGUCUCCAGCUGUGACCACUACAUCACCUGUCUCCAGCUGUGACCACUACAUCACCUGUCUCCAGCUGUGACCACUACAUCACCUGUCUCCAGCUGUGACCACUACAUCACCUGUCUCCAGCUGUGACCACUACAUCACCUGUCUCCAGCUGUGACCACUACAUCACCUGUCUCCAGCUGUGACCACUACAUCACCUGUCUCCAGCUGUGACCACUACAUCACCUGUCUCCAGCUGUGACCACUACAUCACCUGUCUCCAGCUGUGACCACUACAUCACCUGUCUCCAGCUGUGACCACUACAUCACCUGUCUCCAGCUGUGACCACUACAUCACCUGUCUCCAGCUGUGACCGCUUGAAAACCAUACAAUGUCCAUGCAGUCACAGGAUUAAGAGUAUGGACUAGGACACAAAAAUACGGCACACGAAUAGAUUAUGGACCACGCUACACGAAUAGAUUAUGGACCACGCUACACGAAUAGAUUAUGGACCACGCUACACGAAUAGAUUAUGGACCACGCUACACGAAUAGAUUAUGGACCACGCUACAUGAAUAGAUUAUGGACCACGCUACAUGAAUAGAUUAUGGACCACGGCACAUGAAUACAUUAUGGACCACGGCACACAAAUAGAUUAUGGACCACGCUACAUGAAUACAUUAUGGACCACGCCACACGAAUAGAUUAUGGACCACGGCACACAAAUAGAUUAUGGACCACGCUACACAAAUAGAUUAUGGACCACGCUACACGAAUAGAUUAUGGACCACGCUACACGAAUAGAUUAUGGACCACGCUACACGAAUAGACUAUUGACCGCGGCAUAGGAAUAGACUCUUGACCGCGGCAUAGGAAUAGACUCUUGACCGCGGCAUAGGAAUAGACUCUUGACCGCGGCAUAGGAAUAGACUCUUGACCGCGGCAUAGGAAUAGACUCUUGACCACGGCAUAGGAGUAGACUAUUGGUCGCGGUAUAGGAAUAGACUCUUGACCGCGGCAUAGGAGUACACUAUUGAAUAGGCCACACAAAUAGAAUUUGGAUCACGCCACCGGAAUUGACUUUGGGCCACACCAUAUGGAAGUGAGAAGCACAAUGGGAAGGGAUUAGGGUACUAUGUAUAUCUUCAGGUUGUUUGCACCUUGCUGAGGUGAUUGGAGGAGCCAGCGCUGGUUUCUGCCAGACUAGAUGCAGGUGUUGCUGCUCCUAAACAAUGUAUGUUUAGUUAAAUAAUAGGAUAAUUCAUGUGGCUAGAACAUAAAACAACAUGGUCAACACAAGUACAAAUUAGAAAUGUACAGAUCACAAUCAAGCAUUCCUGCUAAUUGAUAGUGCAGAUGGAAGUCUGAUGGUAUGUAUUGUGUAUAUAUUGUAUGCAGUAUAAGCAAUGUGUGAAACUACAAUAUGUAACACAGCCCCUGAUACAAUUUCAAUAUGUAACACAACCCCAGAUACAACUACUAUAUGUGACACAACCCCAGAUACAACUACUAUAUGUGACACAACCCCAGAUACAACUACAUUAUGUAACACAACCUCAGACAUAACUAAAACAUGUAACACAACCCCUCUUCCUAGACUGACACUACUGAGAUACAGGAGAAUGGAUGGUCAUGAUACAUGGAAUAUGUAUCAUGACCUCAGAUACAACUACAAAAUGUAACACAACCCCAGAUACAACUACAAUAUGUAUCAUGACCUCAGAUACAACUACAAAAUGUAACACAACCUCAGACACAACUACAAUAUGUAUCAUGACCUCAGAUACAACUACAAAAUGUAACACAACCUCAGACACAACUAAAACAUGUAACACAACCUCAGACACAACUAAAACAUGUAACACAACCCCUCUUCCUAGACUGACACUACUGAGAUACAGGAGAAUGGAUGGACCAUAUUAUAGCCUUACCUGAAGGAGAAAUUACAUUUCCUGGCAUACACAUCACCAUAGAGGGCUUCCACUGUUUUGAACGUAGUCAACUGGGUGGGACCUUCAGCUUUAUUGGCUGAUCCCUCCUUAAGGCUCUUGCAUGUCCAACUGGGAUCAGUCAGUUGCAAAGAAGAGAUUCCCUCAAUGGCACUGCCCAAGCGUGCGCACGUCAUAGUGACUCAAAAGGACAGAUGAGACCUCUUUUCUCUAUGGGCUGGGCUGACUUGAGAAAGAACAUGUCUUCAUAUUAUUGCUGAGUCCUCUUAUAAUCUCUAUUGGUUGGGUCGACCUGAGAGAGAGUAUGUCUUAAUAUUAUUACUGAGUCCUCUUAUCCAUCUCUAUGGGCUGGGUCGACCUGAGAGAGAACAUGACUUCAUAAUAUUAAUUCAGGGACUAGUUUCGAAGCAAUGACUACUAAUUGAUUACUUAUAGAACCACAUCAAUGAGACUUAUCAAACAGAUUUCCAAAGAUGUCCAGUCAUGAUAACCGGAGACUUUCUGAAGCACAGAAUGAGUACACGGAGUUGUGGAAUGCGUCAGUUAUUUAAUGUGUUGAUAAAUUCACAUAUUCCAAAACCACAAAAUAUAUUUUGUUUUAUCAAACGUCAAGGCUAUAUUUUCUCUGCUACAUUUUGACAAAGUACUUGCACAGAAAGUGAUACUGCGUGCCAACUGUCCUAGGGGUCUGUGAAUACAGUACAUGGUGUCUCUAUAGGACCAACUGAAAGAUGUUUUGUGUCUAUAGGACCAAUUGAAAGAUGUUUUGUGUCUAUAGGACCAAUUGAAAGAUGUUUUGUGUUUAUGGAAACAGGUGAAUGUUGGGUUUUUUUGUCUGUGGGAACAGGAGAAAGAUGUUUUGUGGUAGAAAUAUUUAGGACCUAAAAAGUCCACACUGCAGGUUUUUUUAAAAGCUUACUUCAUGUUUUGUUCCAUGAGACAGUUCAAGCCACGGUUUGGUUAUGCCUUUAAACACUGGCCCUUCAGCUAUGUGCCAUAUUCACCACGAACCACAGUGAAUAAUUGUGUUAGUGAUGCCGGGCCUGAUUGUAGCCCAACAUGGGUAUUUUUAACUGAACCAGCCACUAUGCACAGUGGGCUAACUCACUAACUCAACCAGUGAUAACCAGAUGAGUACACUAGCACACCUUUCUAACUAACUACACUAGCCCACCCUGCAUACUAAACUACCCCACCCUGCAUACUAAACUACCCCAUCCUGCUAACCAAUCUAACCCAACCAGCUAACGAACUACACUAGCCCUCCCGGCUAACUAAUUACAUUAGCCCAACCUGUUAACUAAUUACACUAGCCUACCAUGCUAGCUCACCCUGUUAAUUACACAAACCCUCACUAACCCUGUGUUUGAGCAUAUCUUUUCAUCCUACAUUAUCCCAAGGCAUCAUACACCAUCCCACGGCGUCAUACACCAUGCCACGGCGUCAUACACCAUGCCACGGCGUCAUACACCAUGCCACGGCGUCAUACACCAUGCCACGGCGUCAUACACCAUCCCACGGCGUCAUACACCAUCCCACGGCGUCAUACACCAUCCCACGGCGUCAUACACCAUCCCACGGCGUCAUACACCAUCCCACGGCGUCCUACAUUAUCCCACAGCGCCAAUAAACUUUAUCCCACAGCGUCAAUAAACUUUUCCCCACAGAGUCUCACACUAUCCCAGAGCGUCAUACACUAUCCGACAGCGUUAAUACACUAUCCGGCAGCGUCAUACACUAUCCCGCAGCGUUAAUACACUAUCCGGCAGCGUCAUACACUAUCCGACAGCGUUAAUACACUAUCCGGCAGCGUCAUACACUAUCCGACAGCGUUAAUACACUAUCCGGCAGCGUCAUACACUAUCCCACAGCGUUAAUACACUAUCCGGCAGCAUCAUACACUAUCCCACAGCGUUAAUACACUAUCCGGCAGCGUCAUACACUAUCCCAGAGGGUCAAUACACUAUAUGACAGCGUCCUACACCAUUUAACAGCUUGAGGAUUCAAACUACCAACCUUUGGGUUAUUGGUCAGUCUUUAACCAUUACAAUAUUCUACAUCCUAUCUAUCUGCCCUUUGUGUUUCCUGCUGUUAACUGUGGGAGCUGUCCUACUCUUAUCAAGCCUAGGGCCCUUCAUGACCAUUUACAUUAUUUGCAUUUUAGUCAACUGAUACUGUACAUGACCUGUAGUACAAGCUGCUCUGUAUAGCUGUGUCCUACUAGAUCUCACAAAGACAAAUGUACAGGAAUAUAAUACUUGACCAUUUGCCAUUACAUGUCAAACGCCAAAAGAUACAUAUUUGUAUGUAGCUUCUGCCAAAAUGCAUUUGAGACACGUGCUUAAAAUCAACACAAUUGGUUUUCUUACACAAGAGGGAUGUAUAGUACAGUGCCCAAUGAGGCUACACACCUCAUGCAAGCUUUGUAAAUGUUUCUGCUGCCUUAAAAUGACCACUAUACAUUUUCCUAAAAAAUAUUAAAAACAAAGAUGUCUUGACUGGGCAUGUCUUCACACCGCGUAUUUGUACUGUGGAAACUCCCCUUGGUAGUCAUUACAGCUACGGAACAUUUGGAAUUAGAUAUCUUUAAUUUUGAAAAAGGGGAGUAGGUUGUGUACAUGGUUAGGGAUAAUCUAACAUAUAUUCUAAUGUAAUGUAUUCCAAUGUGAGAUUUCAAUGAAGGCAGCACCAUGUUAAGAGCAGGGGGUGUAUAGCCUGGCCAGUGACUUACUGUUCACUUUGUUUUGGCAGCUCUCUGUAUCAUGAAUGUACACAGCUACAAUAAAAGUCAGAAUCAAUCUGUUAAUCAAUAGUGAAACACUAAUAUCAACCUCUUUAUUGUGUCAGCACUGUACACUAAGCUUAUUCGACUGAACUAUUAGACAUGUGUGGUCCUGUAAACUGCAUGAAAAUGUGUUUAUCAAAUGAACCUGUUGUGUAUUUUUUUUUUAUCAUAUAUUGUGGAUGUUUUUGUACAUAAAAAGCACUUUAUUUUCUUUUUUUUUUUUUAAGAUGAAUAAUAAAUAUGUGUUUUGAAAUACA